AUGGACGCCCAUUGUCAAAGUGAUCAGUUUGAUGGGGAGCUACUAUUUGGACAACUGCUCAUAAUGUACAGCUUUCGGUGUCAUGCUGAUGGUCGGCUGCAGCAGGCUGUGCCGUCUGAACACCGAGAAUGGUGUAUUUUCGCCCUAGGUUUCCUACAGGAUACUGCAUCUUGCAGUCCUUCAAUCGCUAAGGAUGCUGAAAUCGCUUCCCUUUUAUGGUCAGGUUUGAUAUAA